UGCGGCGGAAAGUAAGAGGCUCAUUGGGGGAAGACUGGCCGGAUCAGGGUCCCCAGGGCUCCGCUUUGGCCAGACGCACGCAAAGAAGCAGUGCUGGGAAAUCCUGCUUCCUUCCUCGCCGCUUUCGCUGCACUGGGCUCUGCCUUUGCCAGAAAGAGCCAGCCUCCAGCCUGUCUUCCCUCCACCCCCUGGUUGUGAAAUUGUGAACCACAUCGCCUCUCAAAGCAUUUUGCUGCUCUGCUCCACAGAUCUUCCGGUUGACAAGAUGGGACUUCUAUGGUGUGUAAUGAGUCUCUACUUCUAUGGGAUCCUACAAAGUGAUGCCUCAGAACGCUGCGAUGACUGGGGACUAGAUACCAUGAGACAGAUCCAAGUGUUUGAAGAUGAGCCAGCUCGCAUCAAGUGCCCACUCUUUGAACACUUCUUGAAAUAUAACUACAGUACAGCCCAUUCAGCUGGCCUUACUCUGAUCUGGUAUUGGACUAGGCAGGACCGGGACCUUGAGGAACCAAUUAACUUCCGCCUCCCUGAGAACCGCAUUAGUAAGGAGAAAGAUGUGCUCUGGUUCCGGCCCACCCUCCUUAAUGACACUGGCAACUAUACCUGCAUGUUAAGGAACACCACAUAUUGCAGCAAAGUUGCAUUUCCUCUGGAAGUUGUUCAAAAAGAUAGCUGCUUCAAUUCUCCCAUGAAACUGCCAGUGCAUAGACUGUAUCUCGAAUAUGGUGUUCAGAAGAUCACUUGUCCAAAUGUAGAUGGAUUUUUUCCUUCCAGUGUCAAACCAACCAUCACUUGGUAUAUGGGCUGUUACAAAAUACAGAACUUUAAUAAUGUGAUACCUGAAGGCAUGAACUUGAGUUUUUUCAUAGCCUUGGUUUCAAAUAAUGGAAAUUAUACAUGUGUUGUUACAUAUCCAGAAAAUGGGCGUACAUUCCAUCUCACCAGGACUCUGACGGUAAAGGUGGUAGGCGCUCCAAAAGAUGCAUUGCCCCCCCAGAUCCAUUCACCCAAUGAUCUUGUGGUCUAUGAGAAAGAACCAGGAGAGGAGCUACUCAUUCCCUGUGAGGUCUUUUUUACUUUCCUGAAGGACUCUCGCAACGAGGUUUGGUGGACCAUUGAUGGAAAAAAGCCGGAGGACACCACUAUUGACAUAACCAUUAAUGAAAGUGUCAGACAGACUAAAACAGAAGAUGAAACAAGAAUUCAGAUUCUGAGCAUCAAGAAAGUUACUGCAGAGGAUCUCAAGCGCAACUAUGUCUGUCAUGCUAGAAAUGCCAAAGGGGAGGUUGAGAAGCCAGCCAAGGUGAAACAGAAAGUGGUAGCUCCAAGAUACACAGUGGAACUGGCAUGUGGUUUUGGGGUCACAGUCCUGCUGGUGGUGAUUCUCAUUGUCAUUUACCAUGUUUACUGGCUGGAGAUGGUCCUAUUUUACCGGGCUCAUUUUGGAACAGAUGAAACCAUUUUGGAUGGGAAGGAAUAUGAUAUUUAUGUAUCCUAUGCAAGGAAUGCUGAAGAAGAAGAAUUUGUAUUACUGACCCUCCGUGGAGUUUUGGAGAAUGAAUUCGGAUACAAGCUGUGCAUCUUUGACCGCGACAGUCUGCCUGGGGGAAAUACAGUGGAAGCGGUGUUUGACUUCAUUCAGAGGAGCCGAAGGAUGAUUGUUGUCCUGAGCCCAGACUAUGUGACAGAAAAGAGCAUCAGCAUGCUGGAAUUUAAACUGGGUGUCAUGUGCCAGAACUCCAUUGCUACCAAGCUCAUUGUGGUUGAGUAUCGUCCCCUUGAGAAUCCACACCCAGGCAUCCUGCAGCUAAAGGAGUCUGUGUCAUUUGUGAGCUGGAAGGGAGAAAAGUCCAAACAUUCUGGCUCUAAAUUCUGGAAAGCCUUGCGGUUGGCUCUUCCCCUGAGAAGUCUGAGUGCCAGCUCUGGCUGGAAUGAGAGCUGUUCUUCCCAGUCUGACAUCAGUCUGGACCAUGUUCAAAGGAGGAGAAGUCGCUUGAAAGAGCCCCCAGAACUCCAGAGUUCGGGGAGGGCUGCAGGUGCCUCUCCAGGUCCAGGCACGAUUUCCAAGCACAGAGGGAAGCCCUCUGCAGCCUGUCGCUGUUGUGUCACCUACUGUGAAGGAGAGAGUCACCUUAGGAGCAAGAGCCGGGCAGAGAUCCAUACACAGCCCCAGUGGGAGACACACCUCUGUAAGCUUGUUCCCCAAGAGUCAGAAACUCAAUGGAUACAAAAUGGCACCAGAUUGGAAACCCCUGCUCCCCAGAUCUCAGCCCUUGCUCUUCACCAUUUCACGGAUUUAUCCAAUAACAAUGACUUUUAUAUCCUAUAAUUGCUGUGUGGUGGGUGGUGACUGCUAUCUCUACCAGCCCUCUUUGUGUCACGAACCUAUGGGAAUAACUGACAUUUUUAUCAUCUAAUGGACUAGCAUAUUGUGUCUCCUUUAUUGAUUUUUAAAAACUAUUUAUUUCUAGGAGACAAAAGAUCCGAAGGACCUGCAUCCAGAAUUAUUGCCUCUAAUGGCCUCAGAAGAGCACACUCUUCUUGGCCCCUAGAAGGUCAGUAUGUGAAAGUUGCCUAAAGUCUGAUCCUCUAUCUCGCCCAAUGGUUUAAAACUGAACAAAGAAUUUAAAUGUGUUUCCUUUGAGUUUGUUGAUAAACCACAAGUUAUGAGUUAGUCAGGUGUAGUUAGGCUAUGAGACUUCCAGGGUAUGUAUAUAUCUCAAGGGAACAUUAUGGAAAGGAGUUGGUUCUAGUGAAAAGCUGUAGGACUAAGCUCAACAGAAAACCUACAGCAUAUUUUCCCUGGAAGAACCAAACACACCCACACAGGGAUACAUGGUGUUCUCAGUCUCACUGUAAACUAGUGUUCUCUAAACUGCCGAAAGUCGUUAGCAUCAAUAAAGUUAUAUUUUUAUGUGAUUUCAUUUGUACUAACGAAUGUUUACCCCUCUCUCUCCUCUCUCUACUUUUAUGGCUUUCAGAUUUAUAUCUGAAGGGUAUUCCAUUUUAGGAAAUCAAGAUUGGGUUUAGGUACGAGGAAAGCUGAGAUGCAUCUUCAGUUCCUUUCUAAUGCAUAUUAGGAGAGAUCAGGGAAAGGACCAAAAGAGAGUGAGAAAAUGUUUCAAAUGAAGUAGAAGUUUACGCAAAAAUCUAUAUUUUUUAGAACUGACAGCUGAAAAGUUUAGUAUUGUUAGGGGUUUAGUGUAGAGUUUGGUGCAUGAAUCCCUUCUUCCUAUUCAGUAUUCUGAGAAGGGAUAGUGAAUUCAAGUGCCUACAGGGAUUAGGAGGUUAAAAAAAAGAAAGAAAGAAAAAUUAAAAAAAAGGGCCAGAUAUAAGGUUCUCCAUUUAGGACCCAUGUGUAUAGGGACAUAGGUUCAGAUACGUGCUUCUUUAAAUAUUUAAACAUAAUCAUAAGAGGUAUGCAACAUUUGGUCACCCUAUCAGGGAGUUAAUGGAGAUUACUGGAUUUGUAGGUAAUUGAACAGUAAUUUAUUUCUUCAAAAGGGAGCAACCUCUACUUAAGCUCCAUCUGGAUUGUUGUCCCUGAUUUAGCCCCGGCAUUAACUCUCACUGUUGGCAGAUUGUUCAGUUUUUAAGGAGAAUCAAAAAAAUUCAGAGUUUUAUGUAAUCUCUCAAUUAUGAGAUGGUGUAAACUUAAAAGAAAAAGAAAAAAGGAAAAAAAUCAAAGAACCAAUCAAAAUACAUGAGUACACAUUCAGUCUGUGGGCCACUAGUUUGCAGUUUCAGAACUAAGAUAUUCACAUCCCAAAAAAUAAGUACACAGAGGUAAUCAAGUGUCCCUACCAAUAUUGAGACUGGAGAAGACAGGCUAGCCUAAGGACAUAAUGGGAGAUGUUUAUUCCCUCCCUGAACUGAAAAUAUCUCAAUUCUCAGAAUAGGGCUGAUCGACCUAAUACUCCAUCAGAGGAGAAAAAGAUGGACGAUAAUGGGCCUUCUAUCUACUCUGUGGGUUGACUGUAAGAAAAUAGAAGCACAAUCUACUACCCUUGAACAGGAGCAGAAUAAAAAGAGCAAAAGGCCAUACCAGACAUUGGCAGUCAAUAUAUCAGUCAGGGCUGCUACUAUACUAUGGCCCAAUAAGUGCCAGCCUCUCUUAGUCACUUAUGGUGAAUGAGGGGUGGAGAAAUAAACCAGAAGUUUUAUCACACUACUCCGCUUGCAGAGAAAAGCAGAAGAUACCUUCUCUGUUGAAACAAGAAAUUAUUAGAUCUUUUACCUGUUGAAACAAAAAGAUGAAAAAUAAGGACCCCACAGAGUAAAUGCAACUCAUCAUGGAACUUCUAAUGAGGAAAUGACAGGCCACCCUACCUGAAUGUCCAGCAGAAAAUUAUUGAGCACAGCCCAUGUUCUAUGUUGCAUUACUUCUGAAAAAGAUUAAUUGAUCCUUGAUGUAUGUUCAAGGAUCUUCAUAUGGAAGAUAGAUAGCAGACUCUCUUCAAAUCUGUUAAUUGUGGGUAAUAAAAGUCACUCCAUAUCCUAAGAAGGAAGAUAGUGUUUUUUCCCCAUAAUCAGUCUUGUUCCUUAUUAGCAGUGUCCCACCCAAUUAAAUAUUUUU